CCAGGACAGAAUCCAGCGCCCUGACCGGGACUAGAACCCAGUGUGCUGGCGCCACAAGGCAGAGGAUUAGCCUAGUGAGCCGCGGCGCCGGCCUGUCCUCUUUUAUCUUAAACAAAUCUUCCUUAUCCCAAGGAACUUGCUUUUCCAUGCUUAUCAAAUGCCCAGAUAAUCUCUGAGCCUGUGAUUAUAGAGUGGACUAAUUCUAUAAAUAGUAGUUUUGUCAAGGAAUUUUCAACUAGAAUGGCAUAUUGUUAAUGGAUAAGUAAUACAUACAUAUAUAUGUAUAUAUAUUUAAUGCAAAAAAGUUUUAUUUUCAUAUUCUUUGAUGUUCUUAAGUACAUUCCAAAAUGUUAACUGUUCCUAAAUUUCAAUAAUAACUACAAAUUUAGAGAGUGGGGCCUUGCAGAGGGUGCAUCUUCUUACCUCUUCUAUCUUUCUGGGUCACUCCAGUGUUCUCUACUGCUGAAUCUCAUCAUUUAUCCAGAUGACAAGAAAUGUUUAGGCCGGCGCCGUGGCUCAAUAGGCUAAUCCUGUACCUGCAGAGCCUGCACACCGGGUUCUAUUCCUCGUCGGGACACCAGAUUCUGUCCCGGUUGCUCCUCUUCCUCUCCAGCUCUCUGCUGUGGCCCAGGAGUGCAGUGGAGGAUGGCCCAAGUGCUUGGACCCUGCACCCGCAUGGGAGACCAGGAGAAGCACCUGGCUCCUGUCUUCAAAUCAGCGUGGUGCGCUGGCUGCAGUGGCCACUGGGGGGUGAACCAACAGAGAAGGAAGACCUUUCUCUCUGUCUCUCUCUCUCACUGUCCACUCUGCCUGUCAAAAAAAUUUUUUUGUAAAAAAAGGUAUGUUUAAUGGAUAUAGAUUUAAUAUCACAAAGCUAUUGAGAAACAUAUGGAGAUAGAUUGAAAAAUGCCUGCAAAAAUCAGAGUUGGUACAAGACACAGCCAGGAGCUCAGAACUCAAAACAGAAAACAGUCUUCCACUUGAGAAGCAGUGACCCAAGUUAUUAAGUUGUUAUCUGCUCCCUCCCAUGAUAUACAAAGCAGGAAGUUGGAUAAGAAGUAGAGUAGUUAGGGCUCAAACCUGGCAUUCCAAUAUGCUACAUGAGUGUCCAAGCAGUGACUUAAUAGCUGAAGCACACACACACACCACUGUCUUAAUUUUUUAAGUACUUCACUGCACAUUGUAGAGUGAUAAGAUCUUAGUCCUUGUGUCAAGGCCUGUGUCUCAUUUAGAUUCCUACAAAAAGAAAUAGUUUCAACAUGGAACUAUUCAUGUUAAUAACUGGUGGAUAUCCUGUCUUAGUUUCACACAUAGAUAUGUACAUUAUAUAUUCUUUAUUGAAUGGGGACAUGUAUGUGUUCAGAACAGAGCUGGGAAAGGGUUUAGUCAUUUGCUUCAUCUACUGCACUGAAUGGAAUUCUAAAUUCUGUGCUUGAUUUCUUUUAAACAAUUAUCAGCCAAAUUUAUUUUAUAAUAUUCAGAUUUGUCUAAUUUAAAUAUUUUAGAAUUCAUUGCAUUUGUCUCUGAGCUUGCCUGAGAUUAAUUUUAUAAAAUGCUUUAUAUGCAUUAGAAAGAAUGCAUAUACUCUCACAUUUGAGAGUCCUUCAAAAGUUUCAUGAAAAAAUGAAAUUAAAAAUAAAGAGUAUAUAUUUUUUUCAAUGUCUACUCCAUCAAGUUCAUCAGGUAUCAUAAGUGAGGUCCAAUCAUAUAUUCCAUCCAAAUAAACUGAUGUUCCUGGCCAUGUUUCCUCUCCUGUUACAACAAUUCUACUAUGUUUCAGGAUAUUUAUCCUACUUAAAAUUUACUGAAAAACUUCUCUCUGUGCAGCUGACCUGGUUUCAAUAGUGUUUGCGCCUUUUGAGCAAAAACCUUACUCAACUUUAAUUUUUCAGUCACAAUGUUGUAAUCGGAAUCAACAAAGACAUCUGUGGCACUGUCUAUUGAUUCUUCUGUGAAACACUGAUCUUUCUCCAUCAAAACAUGAAGAUGAUUGAUUUUUUUUUUGCUCAGAAACACUGGAGUGGAAUUUCUGUACCUCUUGCCUUCAUUUUCAACAGUCUUGUUCCUCCUAAACUUGAUUAUUUACUUAUAAGUUUCUAGUUUAUCUGAGUCAUUUUCCCUGUAAGCUUUUGACAAAACGUAAAUACUUUCACCUUUAUUCUACCCAAGCUUCACUAGGAAGCGAAUUUUUGUAUUUGUUUCAAUUUGUGUUGUUCAGAUGCAGGCUAUGUUUCAACCUUAAUUUCUUAGUGCAUUAAAUCAGAUCCUAUACAGACAAGAUGUACCAAGUUAGUAUGAGGUUGUUUUGUUGCAAACAAAUGAAAUCAAUGAUUUUAAACAUAAAUGCAUUUUUGAAGACUGCAUGCAUGAAUAAACUAAAAAAAUCAAUUGAAUUUAGGUAGUGUCUUAGUUAAAGAAUGAAUCAGUGAACUCUAACACAAUUUACUGGAAGUAAUGCAGUCUAAGGAUCAAGAAGAAUGAAAAAAAUAAGAGAAUGAAUACAGUUUAAGAGACUUAAGGGAUUGUGCCAGUCUUAUGGAAUAGUGGGUUAAGCUGUUAAGCUACUGUUGGCAACAUUGGCAUCCCUUAUUGAAGUUCUGGUUUAAGUCCAAGCUACUCCAUGUUAAUGCACCAAAGAAAGUAGCAGAAUAUGGCCCAAGUACUUGGGCCCCUGCCACCCAUGAGGGAGACCAGGAUGGAAUUCUUUGCUCCUAGAUUUGACAUAGCACAGCUAAUACUGCUGCAGCCAUUGAGGAGUGAAUCAGCUAAGAGAAUCUCUCUCUGUCUCUUCCUGUCCUUCUGAUGUUCUGUCUGUCACAUACAUACAUAAAUCUUAAAAAGAGAGAGAGCUGGAUCAGCGCCAUGGUACAGUGGGUUAAUCCUCUGCCUGCAGCGCCAGCAUCCCAUAUGGGCACCUGUUCUAGUCCCGGCUGCUCCUCUUCCAAUCCAGCUCUCUGCUACAGCCUGGGAAAGCAGUAGAAGAUGGAUCAAGUGCUUGGGCCCCUGCAUCCUCAUGGGAGACCAGGAAGAAGUACCUGGAUCCUGGCUUCGGAUCGGUGCAGCUCUGGCCGUUGCGGCCAUUUGAGUAGUGGACCAACGGAAGGAAGACUUUUUCUCUGUCUCUCCCUCUGACUGUCUGUAACUCUACCUCUCAAAUAAAUAAAUAAAAUCUUUAAAAAGAGAGAGAGAGAGUUAAAGGACAAUGUCAACAUGAUUACUUAUUUAUUUUUGACAUGCCAGUAAGAGAAAAUAUAUCUUUCAAAAUGGCACAGAAUUUUUCAACUGGAGGAAAAAAAAAAUUCUCUCUGAGAAGCACAAAAACUCAAGAUAAAUCCAGGAAGACCUACACCCAUAUGCAUAAUAAUUAAGUAGUUCAAAAUUAAAGAUACAGUGUUGAAGGCAGUAAGGGAAAAAAUUGUCAUAUAUGAAAUAAUCUGUAGUUGUAUUUGCUUUUCUGUGCCUGGCUCAUUUUACCUAAUAUUGUGUCCUUUAGGUUCAUCCAUGUUGUUAAAUAUAAAGUGAUUUCCAUCUUUUUAUGACUGAAUGAUAUUCUAUUUGUAUGCAUAUGAUAUUUUCUGUAUCCAUUCAUCUCAGGUUUAACACUUAGUUUGAAUGUAUCUUGUAUUCUCUGUAUGGUGUUAUAAUAAAUAUCAAUAUCAGAAUGCAUAUUUUAUUGACUGAUAGGUUUCAUUUCUUUUAAAUACAUAUAUAAUGCUCAGAAGUGCUGAUUCUUGGGUAACUCCACUUUUAAUUUUUGAAGGCUAUUAAAAGGUUUUAUGACAAUAAUUUGAGCAAUUUAAGUAAAAUUCGUGUUUAUUUAAAAGCAAGAAUUCAGAAAAUUAAAAAACAGAAAAAUAUUUUAGUAUUCUGUUAUGUGAAUUUCACAGUAUUAAUCUCAGUACAUUUAUAGAUAUACAUAUAAUCAUAUAAAACAGAACCAAAUGUAUUAAUGAUAAAAACUUUGAAUUGAUGCAAACAUUUUUUAUAGAACAGUCCCUUGAACCACACUAUCCAAGAAAUGAAGAUGAGUUACAUAAUUAUUUUAUCUCUAAUGCUGUAUCAGGGAUAAAUCUAAUGCAAAUCACCUUGCUUGCCACUGCUCUUGGCACUGCUCUAAAAUCUGUUCAUAACACUGAUGCAUUACACAUGUAGGUCUUUGUCUACAUGUUACAAAAAUCAAUCAAUCAUAAGAGACACCAGGAACACUCACAUAACCACAAUAAUAUAUAACUUGGCUUUUCCACCUGCCAUCCAGCUCCAUAAGCCAAUGCAAGUUAUUCUUUAACUAUUUGUUACAUUUCCCCUUGGAUAUAACCAUGAAGAGCUAAAGAAAGAGACAACAAGUGAAGAGGAAGCAUUGCAUUUCCCCAGGAUGUCCAGGACAUGUGUCUCACUUCUGCUGCUGCUGCUACAGCUGAGUUGCUGCUUCAGCUCUGGGAGUUGUGGGAAGGUGCUGGUGUGGCCUAUGGAGUACAGUCACUGGAUGAAUAUGAAGACAAUCCUGGAUGCACUUGUCCAGAAAGGUCAUGCAGUAACUGUUCUGAGAUCUUCUACUUCUGUUCUAAUUGAUCCCAAAAAUGAAUCAGGAAUUAAAUUUGAAACUUUUCACACAUCUUAUACUAAAGGUAAAAUAGAAGCUUUUCUCUUAAAUGGGAUUAAUACACUUAUAAACGAUAUGUCAAGAGAUGCAUAUUGGGAAUAUUUCCCACUACUGCAAAAAUUAUUCUUUGAUUAUUCUGAUGUUUAUGAAAGUAUCUGCAAAGACUUGGUUUUGAACAAGAAAAUCAUGACAAAGCUUCAAGAAUCAAGGUUUGAUGUUGUUCUUGCAGACCCAGUUGCUCCCUGUGGUGAACUGCUGGCUGAGCUACUGAACAGACCCCUUGUGUACAGUAUACGCUUCACUCCUGGCUACACCUAUGAAAAGUAUAGUGGGGGACUUCUAUUUCCUCCUUCCUAUGUGCCUGUUAUUAUGUCAGAUUUAAGUGGACAGAUGACAUUCAUGGAGAGGGUAAAAAACAUGCUAUGGAUGCUUUAUUUUGACUUUUGGUUCCAAUUAUUUAAUGUGAAGAGGUGGGAUCAGUUUUGCAGUGAAGUUCUAGGAAGACCUGUUACAUUCUCUGAGCUAGUAGGGAGAGCUGAAAUAUGGCUUAUUCAAAGCUAUUGGGAUUUGGAGUCUCCUUGCCCACUCCUGCCAAAUGUUUAUUUUGUUGGAGGGCUCCACUGCAAACCUGCCCAACCUCUUCCCAAGGAAAUGCAAACCUUUGUGCAGAGCUCUGGAGAAGAAGGAGUUGUGGUAUUUUCUCUGGGGUCCAUGGUCAGUAACAUGACAGAAGAAAGGAACAAUCUGAUUGCAUCAGCCCUUGCCCAGCUUCCACAAAAGAUUCUUUGGCAAUUUGAUGGCAAGUAACCGGAUACCUUAGGACCUAAUACCCGGCUGUAUAAGUGGAUACCUCAGAAUGACCUUCUUGGUCAUCCAAAAACCAAAGCUUUUGUAGCUCAUGGUGGAGCCAAUGGCAUCUAUGAGGCGAUCCACCAUGGCAUCCCUAUGGUGGGUCUCCCUUUGUUUGGGGAGCAACAUGAUAACCUUGCCCACAUGAGGGCCAAGGGAGCAGCUGUUAGACUGGACUGGAAAACAAUGUCAAGUGCAGAUUUGAUCGAUGCCUUGAAGACAGUCAUUCAUGAACCUUUCUAUAAAGAUAAUGUCAUGAAGUUAUCAAGAAUUCACCAUGAUCAGCCCAUGAAGCCCCUGGAUAGAGCAGUCUUCUGGAUCGAGUACGUCAUGCUCCACAAGGGAGCCAAACACCUUCGGGUUGCAGCCCAUGACCUCACCUGGUACCAUUACCACUCUCUGGACGUGAUUGGGUUCCUGCUGGCUUGUGUGACAAUCAUUACCUACCUUGUUAUAAAAUUUUGCUUGCUUGUUUAUCAACAGCUUGUUACAACAGGAAAGAAAAAAAAGCAAGAUUAGAGCUCUUUCAGACCUAAGUCUAGCAGCCCUGAUAUGUGACAUCAUGCCAUUAGCUCAACAAUUAAUAAUGCAGGUGUGUAAAGACUGUCCUGCAGGCUGGUGCUGUGGCUCAAUAGGCUAAUCCUCUGCCUGCGGUGCCAGCACCCCAAGUUCUAGUCCUGGUCGGGGCGCCGGAUUCUGUCCCGGUUGCUCCUCUUCCAGUCCAGCUCUCUGCUCUGGCCCAGGAGUGCAGUGGAGGAUGGCCCAAGUGUUUGGGCCCUGCACCCACAUGGGAGACCAGGAGAAGCACCUGGCUCCUGGCUUCAGAUCAGCACUGUGCGCCAGCCACAGCGGCCCUUGGCGGGGUGAACCAAUGGAAAAGGAAGACCUUUCUCUCUGUCCACUCUGCCAUACAGUUCCUGAUCCCUGGCAUCAUCCUGGUCCAGAUCUGGCUAUUGUGGCCAUUUUGGGGGUGAACCAGUAGAUGGAAGAUAUUUCUCCAUCUUUCAUUUUUGCUUUCAAAUAAAUCUUUUCAAAAUAUCCUUUUACAAAAUUACCAUAGAGCUGGCACUGUGGCAUGGCAGGUUAAGCUGCUGCCUGCAUCACAAGCAUUUCAUGUGGGUGCUAGUCGGAAUCAUGAUGGCUCCACUUCCUAUCCAGUUCCCUGCUAAUGGCAUGGGAAAGAGGUAGAUGAUUGGGCCCCUACCACACAUGUGGGAGACCUGGAAAAAGUUCCUGGCUCCUGGCUUUGGCCUGGCCUGGCCCCAGCCAUUGAGGCCAUCUGGGAAAUGAACCAAUGGACAGAAGAUGUCACUCUCCUCUCUUUCUGUAACUCUGCCUUUCAAAUAAAUAAAUAAAAUCCGCUUGCAUAUGUAAUAGAUACCAAAUUUUAAAUGCAAUGUAAAUAUAGGUCACAUCUUUUUCUUUCAUUCAAGGUAGAUAUUUGAUUUUUCUCAUACUUAGUUUAUAGUAACAGAUCACCAAUAAAAAUGAUGAAUAUACAACAACAACAAAAAGACUGUCCUGCGCAGUUUAGGAGAUCUGUGCAUUCCAGAUUUAUCCAAAUAUUUAUUCUUAAAAAAGCAUUAAGGAAAUGCACCAUUCUAACUUUAGAUAUACUGAAACAAUUCAAUAUUAAUGAUGAGUUCUUAACUGAUUUUACUAACUUGAAGAAAGGAGACUCACUGGAGCAUCAGAUUAUUCUUUCAGAAGAGUUCCCAAGUUUUGUGUUCAUUUUCAGAAUCAUCUACUUGAACACUAUUCCACCAAGUAGAAAACAUGUGUACUUGCCAAAGGAAAUAUAGCCAGAUCCUUGAUGUAGGAGACAAGACAGAUUCUAUCCUGACAUCUUUUAAUUGGAAGAAUGACUCCAUGAUAAGCUGUACUCAAGUUCAACUAGGACAUGUGUGACAGAUUUAAAAAAGAGAGAGAGAGAGAGAGAGAGAGA